AUGGUUCAAGACAUUUAUGAUGAAAUUGAGUUUGGAUUAUUUUCUUGUGAGCCAGAAUCAAUGCAAGAAGCUUCUCAAAAAGAAUAUUGGCAAAAAUUAAUGAAGGACGAGUUAUCUACAAUUGAGAAAAAUUCAACAUGGGAACUCGUGGACUUGCCAAAUGGAAAGAAAAUUAUUGGAUUAAAAUGGGUCUACAAAGUAAAGUGCAGUGAGGAUGGUUUGAUUCAAAAACAUAAAGCUCGACUUGUCACAAAGGGUUAUUCUCAACAACCGGGAGUUGACUUCUCAGAAACUUAUGCUCUUGUUGCAAGAAUGGAGACAAUAUCCGAUCCCCUGAAAACGAAGCAUUUAGUUGAGCUCGAUGGAGCCAAAGAGAGACUAAAAUUGUUCAAAGCAAAUUUAACCGAGGAUUGUUCCUUCGAUGAAGCAAUUGAAGGAUGUCAUGGUGUGUUUCAUGUUGCUUCUCCAUGUACAUUUACCACCAAAAAGGAUCCUUAUGCUGAAAUAGUUGAGCCAGCUGUGAAAGGCACGAUCAAUGUACUAAAUUCUUGUGCGAAAACUCCUUCUGUAAGACGGGUUAUUCUAACAUCGUCGAUUACAGCUGUUUCAUUCACAACUAGACGUUCAUCCGAAGGUGUGCUCGACGAGACUUGGUUUUCUGACCCUGAACAUUGUAAGAAGAAUAAGUUGUGGUAUCAACUUUCAAAGACUCUAGCGGAGGAAGCUGCAUGGAAAUUUGUAAAAGAAAAAGGAAUCGACAUGGAUGUGAUAAACUCGUCAGCGGUUAUCGGUUCUAUGUUUAACCCAUCGCUCAAUUUAACUUGUGUUAUUGUUUUGAAUCUCAUGAAUGGUUUGCAAUUAUAUAAAGAUCUAAUUGGAUGCAUAAAUGUUAAAGACGUUGCGGAUGCUCAUAUUCAAGCAUUUGAGAUUUCUUCUGCGAAUGGAAGAUAUUGUCUUUCCGAGCGAGAGCUCCGCCUAUCAGAUGUCGCAAAUGAACUGGUUAAACUUUAUCCUUCUUUCAUUACAAGACUUCCUCAAAAGUUUGAAGACGACAUAGGAUUUGUGCCACCUUACCCGAUGUCGAGGGGAAAAAUUAAAACUUUGGGCAUAGAUUUUAUCCCUUUUGAAGUUAGCCUCAAGGAAACAGUUGAAAACCUAAAGUUGUUCGGAUUCAUUAGUUUCUAA